AGAGGAACAGUUCAAAAGUCGCAAUUAGCCACGCACAGCUCAUACACAUGUUAUUCAACUAAUAUGCGUAAAUUAGUAUUGUAGGAUUACUCUUUAAUUUGCUCUAACAUCUGAAAAUGGGCUCACGUCGGGACGCUUUAACCGCCUACAACAUUAGCUAGACGACUAUCGUUGUGCGCAUGUGCUGUUGGGCUUCAGUGAACUAUCUUCACCGUGGACAUCGAAACGCUGCUCUUUGUAGAAAAGUUUCAGUUUGCAUAAAUAGCAGAUAGAGGACAAGAGGGAAGUGGAGAAGUCACAGGGUGAGACAGGUGCUCCAGACACACGCAGGGUCAAACUUUCAGGCUUUUCUCAGAAGACGCAGAGCUGGCUGCGUAGUUCUUAAGGUCCAUUUUUGCGUGUGUGUGUGGGGGGGCAGGUGAGCUAGCUGUGUGUGAAGAUGAGGCUGAGCGGUGUGCUGGUGUGUGUGUUCCUGCUGUGGGUUGAGGGGUCCCGGGGUGACACACCGGCCAACUGCACCUAUGAGGACCUGCUGGGGACAUGGGUCUUCCAGGUGUCCAAAGGAGGACACGACAAGACCGUCAACUGCUCCGCCGAAGCUACAGGUGAGACCACAGUGACUGUGACCCUGGAGAAACUGUCUGUAGCCACAGAUGAGCUGGGGAACACCGGCUUCUUCACCCUCAUCUACAACCAGGGUUUCGAAGUGGUCAUUAAUGGAUACAAAUGGUUCGGCUUCUUCAAGUACAGUCAGGAUGGCCCAAAGGUGACCAGCUACUGCGACCAGACCCUGCCAGGCUGGGUCCAUGAUGUCCUGGGAAACAACUGGGCCUGUUUCGUGGGGAAGAGGGUGACACCAGUGCCACCUCGAACAGAUUUCAAACCACUCUUCAGCAGCAAGUUGCUCCAGGAGCCGUACAAACACAACAUGGACUUCAUCGACUCCAUCAACUCAGUCCAGAGAUCCUGGAAGGCUGUGGCCUACAAAGAGCAUGAGAUGUACACUUUGCAGGAGCUGAUCAACCGAGCAGGAGGGCCCGCCUCCCGUAUCCCCAGGCGUGUUCGCCCCAUGCCUGUGACAGCCGAGGUAGCCAAGAUGGCAGCAGCUCUACCUGAGCGCUGGGAUUGGAGAAAUGUUAACGGAGUUAACUUUGUCAGCCCAGUGCGGAACCAAGCUUCAUGUGGCAGCUGCUACUCCUUUGCCACCAUGGGAAUGCUGGAGGCUCGUCUUCGGAUCCUCAGCAACAACAGUGACACUCCCAUCCUCAGCCCGCAACAAGUGGUCUCCUGCUCUGAAUAUUCUCAAGGUUGUGAUGGUGGGUUCCCUUACCUGAUCGGGAAGUAUGCGCAGGAUUUCGGCUUGGUGGAAGAGUCAUGCUUCCCAUACAUUGGAAAGGAUUCUCCUUGUGGCGUUCCCCAAAACUGCAGACGCGUUUACACAGCGGAGUACUACUACAUCGGUGGGUUUUAUGGCGGCUGCAGUGAGAUGGCCAUGAUGUUGGAACUUGUCAAGAAUGGACCCAUGGGAGUGGCCUUUGAGGUCUACCCUGACUUCAUGCACUACAAGGAGGGCAUCUAUCACCACACAGGCCUGGCAUACAACUAUAAUCCCUUCGAGGUGACCAACCACGCUGUGCUCUUGGUGGGCUACGGCCGCUGCCACAUGACCGGACAGAAGUACUGGAUUGUGAAGAACAGCUGGGGCACCACCUGGGGCGAGGACGGCUACUUCCGAAUCCGCCGGGGAAGCGACGAGUGUUCCAUCGAGAGCAUCGCAGUCGCAGCCAAGCCCAUCCCCAAACUGUAGGGGCCGUGAGCACAGGGCCGACAGGACGAAUGGCUGUCUUGAUGAUGAGUGCAACUUGGAUUCAUUUCACGAUGUAGCUUAGCUGUUUUCAAGCCAAAACCUGCCAUUCUUCACAUGGGUAGCAUCUGUCUUCUUCCUCCAUAAUCACACACAUAACCAUUAAACUGAAUAUUUAGAUUCUCCAGGAAAGACCUGGCUGAUGGGAGUAACUUGUAACGUGAGGUGACACCCAGCUGAGAGUUUUAUAUCACCCAACACUGGAGAUGUAAUAAAAUGAGGCUCAUUAGUUCAAAGCAUAAAGGGACAAGAAAACGUCUGUUGGCCCAGCAUGUUGUUUAAGUGUUUUAAAUGUGUCCUGAUUUUACAGUUUCAACAGUUAGCUGCCUGCAAUGAUUUUCUUGAAGCUGUAACUGCCAACACAAACUCUGGAUCAAAAUGGAUUGGUGCACACUGUGACAAAUCAUGGUUAGUAACUUCUAAUUGUAACAUUUCAAAGGGAACUGAGGAGUCAGUGUUUGCUCUAUCAAGUCACCUUGAUUCUUUGUCUCAGGGAGAAUGGUGUUAUCUUGUGUCCUCACAUCAGAUCUUAGCCACGACUGCCAUGUUUCCCUGUGGAGCAUUUUCUUUUUUUUUUUUUUAAGAGAUUUCUAAAAUCAAUUCAUAAAGGGAUCUAAGUAAUUGUGCCUUUUGUAUCCUGCCUCCCAUUCAGUGUAAGCAAGUGUAACCAUUGUUUUGUGAGAUUUGCACUGUUUUUGAUUUGAACAGAAUAAAAGUGUUUCAGAAUUGA